AAACGGCUUCCUUUACAGAAGCGAGUACCACGAGAGGAAUGCGAAGCGCCGUCGUUGAACUCGCUCUCCUCGGAUCUCUGCCAUCUCACGGAACCGAACGCGGCCACCGUGCUCGACUCGCUUUCGCGACGAUAUCAGCAGAAUGUGAUCCACGUACGUGAUUCGUGCAUCCUGGAAGAUUUUGGCAAGCUACUUGUUUUCCGCAACUACAACCGUCUACUCAUUUUGCGGCACAUCUUCUGCAAUAGCACCUGUGUAAUGACCGCAUGUGCUUGUGCAAGUGCAAUCAAGUGUAAGAACACACUAGUGUAUUACUGCAAAGUUCCACUUUGGCUACAACGCACGUCGGAGGCGUCGGUGGUGGCAUUCGGUCGUUCGUUUGUUCGAAUAGACAACGAAAUCCUCGCCUUGCAGCAGAGUCCGAUGAACAGCCGUCAAAAGUGUGUGAUGCGAACAUUUUUCGUCCGUUGUUCGAGCAAGAGAUGGACGCAACCGCACGGUUGUCACGAUUUUAUCAGUUCUACCACUGGAGUGGGGGAAGGGGUGGGAAGCGUCGACCAGACGUACUGCGGGCUGUUCUGUGUGGUACUGAACCCAUGGCGCACGCUACCAAUCUAUACAACGGACGUAAUGGCAACAUAUCGAACGGGAGUUGGUGACGGCUACCGCACAAUGUCACAU